AUGUCGAAAUAUCUAGGAUCUGCAGUGCUCGAUGGGCACUUGUAUGCAGCAGGUGGUGAAGAUGUGUCAUCCAAUAAACUGGACUUGGUUGAAGAGUACAACUCCCUCGCCGAUGAAUGGACCGAAGUAGCUGCGAUGAACGAGAAGCGAUCCAUUGUGAAACUUGCCGUUGCCAAUCAGAGACUAUAUGCUGUGGGUGGACAUGGCACUUCUGACCAGGAUUCCGUUGAAGUUUUCGAUCCUGAGACAAAUAAGUGGGCUAUUCACAGUUAUCUGAACAACAAACGACCUGGAGCAGGUGUUGGUGUAAUCCGAAUGCCAUCACCGUAA